AUGGGAUACUAUUGGCCCAGCAUGAGAAAGGACGCUGCAGAAUUUGCCAAGAAAUGCUUAGCAUACCAAAAACACGCACCUUUGACACACAGACCGUCAGAAGAGUUACAUCCAACGCUGACGCCUUGGCCAUUCAUGAAAUGGGGAAUGGACAUAGUGAAACUGCCCCCGUCAUCAGGGCAGAGAGUGUAUUUCUUAGCAACGACAGACUAUUUUUCAAAAUGGAUCGAAGCAGAAGCUUACAAGGAAAUCAAGGAUAAGGCACGUCAUCUCAUUCAUCAAAAGAAACAUCCUAAGUUGAUUUGGAGUGCCAGCAGAGAUCAUUACAGACAACGGGUCUCAGUUCAUCAGCAACAAGACCACGAAGUUCUGUAA